AUGACCACCCUUCUUUUCGCCUCCCUCACCCCUGCGGCGUUCUACGCGUCCGCUCCCCGCGGCGUGCGCACCGUACUCGGCGGCGGGCGCGCACGCUCCGCCGUGCCGUUGGCGGUUGAGGGCGGCGGCGGCGAGCCGGCGACGGCCGAGAGCAAGAAGACGAAAGCCGAGCGGCUCGCGAUCGCGGCGGAGCGCGCCUCACUGGAGGCCGAGCGGCUCUCCCUCCUCGCCGAGCAGAUGAAGCUCGCGACUGCGCUCAAGCGUCGCGGCGGUGCGGCGGUGCAGUCUCGAGCACCUUUCACAAGGAGUCAGUGGGGAUCGGUCGUGAGUCAGGUCGCGGCGGUGCGGCGGUGCGUGCUCGAGCCGUCGGGGGCCUUCUACGUCCUCUCGGUGCAGCAGUCUCCGCUCGGCACAAUCUUCCGCGGCAACCUGCGCGCCGAGCCGUCCGCGCUGCUCGAGGCGCUCGACGAGCGCGCGCCGCACGAGGCAGAUCUCGAGGGCGUGAGGCUGCUGGUGCUGUCGGACCCGGUCCCGCGGACGGCGCAGCAGCUGCAGGCGGGCGAGGAGGCGGUGCCGGUGGUGCUCGCCCUCUCCCCGGCGGCCCUCAACGCGGGCGACACAUCGCCGCUGCACCCGGCGGCCGUCGUCGGCUUCACCUCCGCGCUCUGCAACGCGCUGCAGCUCCUCCCCGUCGGACGGCUCGACGGCGGCCGGAUCGCGGCGGCGGUGCUCGGCUCGGGCGCAGCGAGCCUCACCUCGAGCCUCUUCCUCCUCGGGCUGGGCCUGCAGUCGCUCUUCGGCGGCGACGACCCCGCCCUCCUCUUCUUCGGCCUCCUCAUCAUCUUCUUCCAGCGCGAGCCAGAGCUGCCCUGCGCCGACGACCUCACCGGCGUCGACACGCCGCGGCAGGCCGCCGCAGCCGCCGCCCUCGCCAUCGCACUCCUCAUCGUCGCUCCCUCUCCGCUCUUGGGCUAG